GAUCUGAUCAAAAAUGUGUUAUUCCCAUUAAUGUGUUAUAACGAUGAUGACGAGGAACUAUGGAAUGACAAUGUAGAGGAAUUCAUCAGGUUCAAAUUUGGUAGGAAUUCGUCUUCUGCUUUAUUCUACUACAAAUCUGAGUGUAUUCAUCGGGAAUUCAAAUGUUUUGAUGCGACUUUUCUUCCGAAACCCUACGUUGGUAGCAAACACCACAUCUUUGAGGAUAUUCACAAUCCUGUCUAUGAAGCUGGAGCGCUUUUGCGUGGGUUAGCAAAGCGCAAGGAUAUCGUACAACCGGUUCUUGCCUUCGCAAUAAAUAUCUUGACAAGAUCCACGAGUCCGCGUGAAGUUGAAGGAGCGCUUCGAAUGAUUGGAGAGCUGGAGUCGCAACUGACGAAAAGCAAGGUGUGUCAAUUUGGCAUUCCUCUAUUCUGUCAUACAGUGGCUACAUUUUUGCCGCGUAUUUCUCUUGGAACAUGUGAGGAUGUGGGGAGGGGGCGAUGUGUGGUGGGAUAA